GAGAGAGAAGGGAGAGAGAAGGUGUUCUUUUUGGGAACGUGAGGAAGGGCAAGAGGAGUGUUCGUCCAAACGUGAGGAGAGAGCGGACCCCUCUUGAGAGAUCUACUAACACCCCUUCCUCCAGCAUGGCAGGCAUCUCAUCUGCCCAAUGUCAGGCCAUGUUGGACACAGCAGACGAGAAUGAGAAACCGUUCUUUCAAAAACUUUAUGACGACGCCGUACAGAGGGAGAGGGAGGCAGAGGCAGCAGCCAGAGCCACAAGCAUAGCUGAACAGGCGGCCCUCCUCGCGGUUCCGGAAUUGAAUGAUGACCAGUUCCGAGAGAAGAUAGCUGAUGCCGUAACAGCCUUGGUUCGACUGCGGACCUUGGAAGACCUUGAGUCCCGCGUGACAGCACUGGAGCAGCGGAACCAAGAGCGGCAGGCUGAGAUACUCAGCCUCAAACAGUCCCAACUGUCUACCCCUCGUCCUCCUAACCCUCAACCCGCUGCAGUCCUAGUCUCUCAACCUAACACAGUCCUCUUGACGAGAGCAAGUGGAACUGUGACGAGCGCAGGAAUCGGUGCCAACUCCUCAAGCGGCAGCGCCGACAGUUCUGCACUGGUCAUAGUCCCAAAUGCAGGAACUUCGGCCCAAAACGCCACAGUUCUUACUGGCGUACAGUACAACGGUCCCGUAGUGGACAAGCGGGCGGCCACUCUGCCGUCCAAGUACGACGGGAAAGGGGACAUUACCUCUUGGAUCAGCUCCAUGCGCUCAUACUUCAAGGUACUGCGAACACCGCAGGAAGACCGAAGCAUGAUCAUGGGCACAAAUACUGAGCCCGCCGUACGGAAUUUCAUUGAACUCCAAGCUGUUACAGCAGGUUCUGAGAGGAUUGACCUGACUGAGUGGCUGAAAGUAACUCCUGUACGCACUCUUGAGGACCUCCUCAUCACACGGUACCAAGAUAAGCACGCUGCGCUCAAGGCAAGGCUGAAGCUUGAGGCCCUCAAAGGUAUGCGCGUCACUUUUGACAAGGAUCGCACUGUCACACAUGAGCUGAACUUCUAUGUCAUGGACAAGUGUCCGUUUGACGCGGUCAUUGGUUUGGGCUGGUUAAAGGUUCAUUGCCUAAGGACCACGUGGGCGGAUAACCAGUUCGUGGUGCGUGAUGCCAAGGGGAACGAGCGUACCGUUCUAUUGGACGAGACACGCGAGUCCCCUGUGACUCUUUUAAGUGCAAACAAAUUCUGCAAAUCAGUGCGCAGGCGCAAGGAAGCUGAGCAUGUACAUGUAGCUCUUGUAAAACCUCUCCAUGUGCCUUCUACUUUUGCUGCAUUUUCUACCUCGUUUGGCCACCCGAAAACUAUGACGAGUGAUCGGGACACCAGAUUUAUUACCAAAGAUUGGAAGGACUUCACCUCGCAAAUUUAUGACAUUAAACUCAACAAGACUUCUGGUCGACAUCCCGAAGUCAAUGGAUUGGCUGAGGAAAUCAAUCAGACUGUCAUUCAACUGCUUCGCGCGCUAAUUGCUCCAGAUCAGAACACGUGGGACAAGGAGUUACACAAAGUGAAAGGAUUGUACAACAACUCCAUUCACUCUGCAACAGGUGUGACACCGAAUCAGCUGCAAUACGGAUGGCAACUGCGCAAUCCUCUCUCCUAUUUGUUUCCCGAACGGUCACCUGGUCUGAUGCCGGGCAUGCCUGGCUACAAUGCCAAGUACGGACGUCUGCUCAAAGCUGCUAUUGCAGCAAUGAACAAGCGUCAACAUGCCAUGAUCAAACAUGUGAAUAAGUCGCACAAAGAAGCGAACUUCAAAGUAGGGGAUUAUGUCUGGGUCAAAAUGUCCGAGUUUUCUGAUGAAGAGGGCGUAUCACGGAAACUUCUUCCAUUGUACUAUGGCCCUUGGCAGGUUUUGAAGGUGAUUGGGGAUGAUUUUGGUCCUUCAUAUGUGAUUGAUGUGCCUCCUCAUCUGCACACAUAUCCGGUCUUUCAUGCAUCCAAACUGUUUCCACACAUCGAUGAUGAAACUUUUCCCUUUCGAGAUCCUAUGAUACCUCUACCUAUCGACGACGGCCACGAGAUAGACAGAAUCGUUUCCCAUGAAGGCAGAGGGAGGAACAAACAGUAUAAGGUUCACUUCCUCUAUCACCCGUUGAACGAGUUUUUCUGGAUCGACCGGAAAGAGCUGCUAAAGAAUGCUCCACGUGUUGUGAACGCUUAUGGACGACAGAUCACUGAUGGACAGACUAUAUCCAUUCUGUUCUUCAAGUACUGCACAUUUGGCGGCCGGAUAAAAGAAUUGGAUCUGAGUUUCUACAACGAAAACCAUGUGGAUUGUAGUGAUCUGGAAAUCAGCUUCGUUCAAUUUAUUAUGUUACUCAAGUCCUGCAAGCUGAUCGAUGAAGCCGCAUUCAGCAUUAUAUGCAGAGGGAUUUCCUCUCUGAACAUCGGAGACUUCAUAGGGAAGAACUUUUUGACAACCCUUAAGAGGAUAGAAAAAGUGAAGGCCAAGGGACCAACUGUGACGAAAAGCAAGUUACCAGAAUCAGCUGGAAGGAACAAGCAAGGUGUUAGUCUUCAAAUACUUGGCAAGGUCUUAAGGAGCAUGUCAGCCAUCAAGUCCUUCCAAGAGCAGCCUCGUGUCACUUUCUCCACAUUCAUUAAAAAUCAUGUUGUUCAGGUGAAGUAAAAAAAAACUUAUUCAGGUGAAGUAACCAUCUCUGUACUUUCCCUUCUGAUGGGAACCUGUCCGUCCGUCUGUCCAUCCAUCUGUCCAUCCGUCCAUCCGUCCGUCCAUCAAGAAGGUCAGCAAACUCUCCAUCUUCAUAACCUGCAAGUCUGAUGGUGUCAACUUGUCAAGGCAAUGUUAGAAGAUAACGGUGGGGAGGUCCUUUGUGUUUUUUUUCCCCUUCAUUUAAGAAGAUAAAAAGCUUAAGAAACA